CUGAAAGACAGAUCCGUGAGCCGCGGCUCUGAUCCCGCAUAGACACGUACAUACUGAUUGAAUAUACACGCGUUUUCGGGUCUUUGGCCAAAACAUAUCAUUAUCGAUCACUCAUCUCAUCACUCACUCACACUUGACACCAAACCAAACAUAACAUGUCGACUCUCUGCGUACCGUCACACCUUCCCUCUGUGGCCGAAGACUGCGAGCAGCUCCACAAAGCCUUCUCUGAUCUUGAUAUGGAUGAUGGAUCGCCUUUUUUUUUUUCUGAUUGUUGUGAUGAUCUGAGAUUGAUGGUGAAGGAUGAUCUGAAUAUGUGUUUUCUGAUUGUUGGAUGGGGGACCAAUGAAGAUUUGAUCAUAUCAAUCUUGGGGCACAGAAACGCGGCCCAGCGCAAGGCUAUUAGGCAAGCUUACGCCGAGACUUAUGGAGAAGAUUUGCUCAAGGCUUUGGAUAAAGAGCUCACCAACGAUUUUGAGAGGGUUGUGUUGCUGUGGACGUUGGACCCUCCCGAGCGUGAUGCCCACUUGGCGAACGAGGCUCUUAAAAAGUGGACUUCGAGCAAUCAAGUUCUUGUCGAGAUUGCUUGUACGAGGUCUCCUAAGGAGCUGCUUCUUGCCAGGGAAGCUUAUCAUGUUCGUUUCAAAAGGUCGAUUGAGGAGGAUGUUGCGUAUCACACUUCCGGAGAUUUCCGCAAGCUUUUGGUCCCCUUAGUAAGCUCAUACCGCUAUGGUGGGGAGGACGUGAACCUGAGCCUCGCGAAAACCGAAGCUAAAAUCCUUCACGAGAAAAUCUCGGAGAAGGCUUACAGCUGUGAUGAUGAUCUGAAAAGCGACACGAAAGACGAAUUCCUAUCUUUAUUGAGAGCCACUGUCAAGUGUUUGGCCUAUCCCGAGAAGUACUUUGAAAAAGUGAUUCGACUAUCGAUCAACAAAUUAGGUACAGAUGAAGGGGCCCUCACUAGAGUUGUGGCCACAAGAGCUGAGGUGGACAUGAAAAACAUUAAAGAAGAGUAUCAGAGGAGGAACAGUGUGCCACUUGAUAGGGCUAUUGCUAAGGACACGAGGGGCGACUAUGAGAAGAUGCUCUUGGCCUUGAUUGGCCAUGAGGAAGCUUGAGCUUUUACUCUACAUGUGUGUGGCUAAAUAAUUAUUGCUGUUAUUGUAUUCUGUUUGGAGUUUUGAGACACUUAUAAUAUUAAGCUGUAUUUUGAGUUUGGCCUUUGGACUGAUGAGUGCCUUUUUAUGGGGCAACAUCUGAAUAAAUUUCUGAGUGUUUGUUGUUAAUAAUUUAUUAUCGAUACCUUUGGUGGUAGACAUUGAUGGAUAAUUAAUUUGAUCAGUUAUUUGAAUUAAGAAUAGUAAGGAAACCAUACUGUGAUGAGACUUGUCUUGCUUAAAUUUUACAAA